AUGGCUUCUAACGAACCCACCAAGGCCAAGCCUCCCAAGCACGCUGUUUCUAUGUAUCCUCCCAGAACUGGUCGCGAGAUUAUGCUGGAAGAACGGCUCGAGUUCGUUCUCACCUGCAUCAGGUUGUCAGACACUAAGAUCAACUUUCCUGCUGUCUGCAAGCACUAUGGAAUCACUACCAACGCAGCGAAAAAGCGUCUUCAACGUGCUAAGGAUGGUGUCGCCAAACUUACCGAGGCUGGAGAAGCAGCUCAGCAGGACGACAAGGUCCCCGAGACUACAGAGGAUGAGGAGGCUUGA